GUCCACCCUUGGGUUUUUAGCUACUGGCACAUUUCAGCGUGAGGUUGGAGACAUAUGUGGUAUAUCCCAGCCAUCAGUGAGUAGGAUCAUGCCGGCAGUGUUGGAUGCAAUUAUUUCCUUGGCCCCAACCUACAUCCAGUUCCCUUAUCGAAAUCCUCAACAAGCCGCAAUAAAACGGGACUUUCAUGCUAUUGCAAGAUUCCCAAACAUAAUUGGAGCCAUAGACUGCACCCACAUCGCCAUAAAAGCACCAUCAACCAACGAAUUUAAUUAUGUAAAUAGAAAAGGGUUUCAUUCUGUUAACGUGCAAAUAAUUUGUGAUGCAAAUUUGUUGUUAUUAAACGUCGUUGCGCGGUGGCCUGGAGGAACACACGACUCGUUCAUUCUGCAGAAUAGCUCUGUGGGUGUGCGUCUCCAAGAAGGCGCUGUUGAGGAUGGCUGGCUCAUUGGUGAUCAAGGUUACCCGCUAAAGCCAUGGCUAAUGACCCCCCUAACCAACCCGAGGACCGAGCAGGAACAGGCGUACAACCGUGCCCAUGCGCGCUCAAGGAGCACAGUUGAGCGCGCAAUAGGCCUGCUGAAAGGACGAUGGCUGUGUCUGUCAAGCAUGGGAGGGACACUGCAGUAUCAGCCAGAAAAAGCGUGCAAAAUCAUCAUGGCUUGCAGUGUGCUACACAACUUGGCCAUCAGACAGGGCAUCCCCCUGCAGGAACCCCCAAGACCAGACGGCCCUAUGCCCGAUGCAGUGCCCCUGCCACCUCUUAAUGCCGCUGGCAUUCAGACAAGACAGAGGAUCAUACAGACAUUUUAACACCGCCUCACUCAGCACUCUUGGCGCACGGCGCAUGGAAGGGGCAAUGGAUGGGCCCGGCUCCUCAAGCUCCUCAGGCACAACGGGUGUCGCUAUUAAGGAC